CCCAGGAUGGCAGACUUCCCGGCCAAGAUCAGCACCAGGACCAGCAGCAGCCCUGGACCAGAGGCAGCAGCUGCAUCCUCAGCAUCCUCCUUCGACCUGGCCUUCCUCCGCUCCCUCUUCGGCAUCCUCAUGGCCUUGGAAAUCGUGCUGGGCUGUCUGGUGUGGGCUCUCAUUGCAGACACGUACUACCAACCCUAUCCUUCGUACGGCUGGGUGAUGUUUGUCGCCAUCUUCUUCUGGCUGGUGACGGUCAUCAUCUUUGGCAUGUAUCUACUGAAACUCCAGGCAAAGCUCUACAUGAUCCCUUGGCCUCUUGUGCUAAUGGUUUUCAAUGUGUCGGCUGCGGUCUUGUAUGCGACGGCCUUCAUAACAAGCGCGGCGUCCGUCGAGCCCUUUUCCUGGCCGCAUUCACCAGACUACAACAGAAGAGCUUCUGCAUCGUUCUUUGCCUGCCUGGUGAUGAUAGGCUAUGGAGUCAGUGCCUGCCUCAGCAUCCGCGCAUGGAAAGCAUAUGGAAGCAGCACGGCAACCAGCCAAGGGACGGUUCCCAAUCACGCCUGAAAACUGUGGGCCAUCUUGAAUCAACGUGGCUCAACGUGGCGGUGCUGUGGUGUGGCUGUCGGGGCUUUGGGUGCUUGAGUCCUUCCUCCCUUCCAGACCUUGUAGGGUCUGAACGCUAUGCUCUGUUCCAGAUUUCCAUGCUAAGUACGCUCUUCUAACUCAACCUAUCACCAGUUAAAUGCCCUUUCCUGCUGCCUUUUGCACUAACUGGCACCCCUUGUAGGCUGGCCAAGGCCUUGCUGAGCACCUUUUGCCAGGUUCAGAAAAGGAGUUUAAAAGUGUCCCGAGUCCUGGUUUGCACUAGGUCAGCACCAGCCUAAAACCACAGUUCAAAACGCCAGUGCCUUACUAAACAAAGUGCUUUUCAACGGAGGAGGUUUCGUGUGUUUCAACAAGGACUCGUGCCACGUAUGGCAAUCCGGCAAUGGAAAUGUGCAAACCAACCUAAGUGCAUCUCUUGGUUCAAUAAGGGCGGAGUUCUGAGGAUCGCCACAUUGUAAGGAUGGUUCCUAAUAAUAAUGACAUCUCCAAAUGGGCGAAGAAGAAACAAUUACCUGAUGGAUAGUGGAAUAUGUGGACAAGGCAUUGUGUGCACAGCAGUAUGGAAGUCUGCUCUGUGAUGUUCAAAAGGGGAUCACCACUCAAAUCGUGGAAGAUCAUGCGUGGACGAUGUUGAAACAACAGUCAGCCAAUGCUUCUUUCCAGGAAUGGACAAGCCAGCGCAUCUCACCAGAACUAAAUCUGCUAAAAACCAAGCAAACCCAGCAGCUUCCUUUUAUGCAAGCCACUUGUGCCUAUUGUGUAAAUAAUGUGUGAUUAUUAACGUAGUAGCAAGGGUGCGUCCGGUACAAGUACACAGCAAGUAUUUUAUUAUUUCUAAAAAGUUUUGUUUUAAAUAAAAGAAACCCUAAAUCUUUCACCUUUUGUCCAACAAAGGCAUGCCAGAAUUUGUUUGGAGAGGUGUGCUCAUAUCACAUGAAGUACAAGGGACUCUUGUUGGUGUCCUACUACUUGAACAUCUAUGGUUUGCCAGCGAUGGCUUGGGAACUAAUGGUUUUUUUGUGCCUGGUUGCAAGAUGCAAAGACUAUAAUCACUAUCUAGUGUGGAUGUUAGUGUUCUGACAGUCUCCGCUUUCCUUCGGUGGCAAGGCAGGCACAAAAGGUGCUACUGGCCCUUAUUA